UCUCAUCUUCUCCGUGUCUUUUCCUCUCCUUGAAGUCAAAUAAUUCCAUGCCUUUGUUGUUCCCAUAAAAAAUGGAAACAUGAGGGAACUACAAAGAGAAUAAUUUCAUUGAAGCUGAAAAGGAAAAUCUUGGGGAAGAGGAGAUACUGUUGUCGCCACCACCAGAUCUCUUCUCUCCCACUGAAACCGUCGCCUCAAAUCGAAUUCAGAGUGCUGUUCUUCUAUCUUCUUGUUCUUGUUCGAAGCCCAGACGAAGCGAUGAGUGUUCAUUUCUGGAGGAUGGAAAGGGAGAUGAUGGAGUUGGAGUACGAGAACGGGAAAAAGAGGAAAGGUCGGAACAGACAAAGCUUACGCGCCCAGUUCUUGUCUGUAAGGUCCCUGAUCUUGUGUUUCUGUUUCUUCGUCUUGUUGUUGUGCUUAUCCUCCGACAGGAUUCCUGGGCUGUCGGUCCGUCCGGAUUCCCUGAGACCGGUUCUUAGGGUUCCGGCUCUGUCAGUCUUGUCAUCCAUGGAAUCGAUUCAGCGUUCGCUUCGCGGUAGGUUCCCUGCUCUGAGACUUGAGGAUAGGGUUCAGUUCCCCGACCAUCUGUUGCUGAUUUUGUCGAGCAGAAUCGGCAAGAGCGAAAACCUAGAUUGUGUCUACUACGGUUUGAGCGAUGAUGGCGGUAACGAUUUUAGGAAAUUCAGAGGAAAGGGAGAGACUUUGGUCAUGCCCGCGAUUUCAGCUGAUGACUACGAUGAGAUUAGAUCCAUUGUUCGUUGCCCGAAUGCUCCUUCGAACUAUUCAGCUGCAGUCGGUCUGCAAUUUCAUGGUGAUGUGGUGAAGCAGAGUGGUAGUACUGACCGUAAUGCGAUGGUUCAUAACUGGGACAAUGUUGUAUACGAGGCUGUAAUAGACGGCAACACGGCUGUUGUCUUCGUCAAGGGACUGAAUCUAAGGCCGCAUAAGGAGUCCGACCCUUCUUAUUUCAAAUGCAGGUUUGGAAUUGGGAAUCAUAAGGAGGAUGAAGGGUUUGUGUUUGAGACACAAGCAGUUGCUGCUGCACAAGAAGUUGUCCGGUGCGUUUUGCCGCGGGGUAUGAUGAAAAACCUGGACAAGGCUCGUGGAAUUCGAGUUAGCGUUGUUCAGACCGGGACCAGGGGAAGAAUGGCCCGGCCUUUGCCUUCUGUGGCGAGAAUUUAUGCUUCAAACUCGAAAACGGAGAAGGCCGGGAGAAAGUACAAACUCUGUGUCUGUACAAUGUUGUGGAACCAAGCUUCUUUCUUGCAUGAGUGGAUAAUGUAUCACUCCUGGCUCGGGGUUGAACGCUGGUUCAUCUACGAUAAUAACAGCGAUGACGGGAUACAGGACGAGAUUGACCGGCUCAACUCGGACAGCUACAACGUAAGCCGACAUGUCUGGCCGUGGAUCAAGACCCAAGAAGCCGGCUUUUCUCACUGUGCUCUGAGAGCGAAAGACGAAUGCUCGUGGGUCGGAUUCUUUGACGUUGAUGAGUUCUUUUACUUCCCUUCUCACCACAAGUCGAGCAUAUCCAGUGAAAACGCGUUGAGGUCACUCGUCACGAGUUACUCGUCCCAGGGACUGGUUGGAGAGAUAGAAACAGACUGUCACAGCUACGGGCCAUCUGGUCUGACAACUCCCCAGCCGCAAGGUGUGACCGUUUCCUACACAUGCCGGCUCGCCAGCCCGGAGAGGCACAAGUCUAUAAUCAGGCCCGAUAUGCUCACGAGCUCGCUUCUGAACGAGGUGCACCAUUUCCAGCUGAAGGAAGGAAUUGGGCAUGUGAAAUUACUCGAAAGCACGGCCAUAGUGAACCAUUACAAGUACCAGGCGUGGGAAACGUUCAAGGCCAAGUUCUACAGAAGAGUGGCUACAUACGUUGUGGACUGGCAAGAGAACCAGAACCAAGGGUCCAAAGACAGAGCGCCUGGGCUCGGGACAGUGGCCGUAGAGCCACCAGACUGGAAACGGCGGUUCUGCGAGGUCUGGGACACUGGUCUGAAGGAUUUGGUUAUCUCUAACUUCGCCGAUCAAUUGACCGGUUACCUACCAUGGCAACGGGAUUACAUUCAGUAGCUCACCCAUGCGCCGUACGGCCAUGUACACCGGAGAACACACAUGUAGAAACUACAGAAAUCUUUCAUUCUUUGAUACAGAGAUUCUUUUCUUGUUUUUGGCGGUUUGGAUAGAUAUGUCGGAGGUUAAUGCAACACGUGUGUAAAUUGCGUGAAAUCGAUUCUCUCUGUUAAUGUCAUCGUAAUUUGGUUAAAA